CUCUGGUUUUGGAUUUUGCUUGUGUUGAAUUCCUGUAAAAAUACAAACUUUGGAAGGUCACCAAUGGCUGCUGAUCCACACGCUUCACAGUUCAUGAGCAUGCUUCUGAAGAUGAUGAAUCCAAAGAGAACCAUCGAGAUCGGAGUCUACACUGGCUACUCCCUCCUCGCCACUGCCAUUUCCACUCCUCCUGAUGCCAAGAUCACAGCAAUAGAUAUCAUGGUACGAAAUCGGGCUGCCCUUCAUCAUCAAAGCAGGAAUGGAACACAAGAUCGACUUCAUUCAAUCUGAAGCUCUCCCAGUCCUCGAUAACCUUCUACGAAAAGAAGGGAGCUUUGAUUUCGCGUUUGUGGACGCGGACAAGCAGAACUACGGCAACUACCACGAGCGGCUGAUGAAGCUGUUUUUCACGCAGAAACAAUAAACUGACGUAUCUUUCUGCAACCUAAUUCGCCCACAUAAGGCAGAGGAAAAAACGGGAAAAUAGCCACGUACCCAACUCAUGACUCAUGAUUCACAUCCCCGCCGAUCCACUCAACUCAACAGCAUCGUUAACAAUGAUGGGCGAACCAGAACUUGCUCACAAAAAUACCAUAAAAGUUCCUCCUCAAUUUACAGUGUCAGACCAGAAUAGAAGUCUUUCAUCCAUAGAGAAUACCGUUUCCUGUCCCUUUUCCACUCUUCCUUUCUAUAUAAACACAGCAGUUUCACCUAUCAUUCACAUAUCUUGCCGCGUUACUGAAACUAGCUAAGAAUCAAUCCCACAGAAAAAAACUCAGCUACCAGCUGCUUUCAGAGCUAGGAGAGCCAGAAUUCUUAUUAAGAAGAAAUGGAAGGUGAUAGCAGCAACAGAAUCAUACCUUCUCAUUCCAAGGGGCUGUUGCAGACCCCAGAGCUAUACCAGUAUGUUCUGGACACGACCGUGUUUCCUCGCGAACCACAACCCCUCAAGGAACUGAGAGACCUAACCGCCAACCAUCCUAGGGCAAUGAUGGCAACUGCGCCUGACGCUGGUCAGUUCGUGGCACUGCUGUUGAAAUUGACAGGAGCAAAGAAGACCAUCGAACUUGGAGUCUUCACUGGCUACUCUCUUCUUCUCACCGCUCUUACCAUUCCUCAAGACGGCAAGAUCACAGCCAUCGACACGAAUCGCGAGUUUUACGAGAUAGGACUCCCGGUAAUUCAAAAGGCUGGCAUCGGUCACAAAAUCGAGUUUAUAGAAUCCGAAGCUCUGCCUGUCCUCGACGAGCUGCUAAAAAAGGAAGCGAAUGAAGGUAGCUACGACUUCGCCUACGUGGAUGCUGACAAGCUCAACUACUGGAACUACCAUGAGAGGCUGAUGAAGCUGGUGAAGGUUGGAGGGAUCAUUGUCUAUGACAACACCCUCUGGGGAGGCAGCGUCGCUGCAGAUCCCGCCACCGUGGGGCACAGAGGUGGCGCCGUCACACAAUCCACGAUCCAGUUCAACAAAUCGAUCGCCGCGGAUCCACGUGUCGACAUAUCGCUCGCUCCACUUGGCGACGGGAUCACCGUUUGCCGGAGGAUCUAUUGAACUUUGGAUGGCUGUUUCCAUCUAUAAAAA